AGGUUGUGCUUUGGUUAGUGUAUGAAGAUGCGUAUAGGCGAAUGAGGGUGUUUGGACGGUCAGCCGCACGGGCCCCAUCAUGAGGUCACUACUCGAUUCGGACGCGCCUCCAAGGUUCCAAGGUUUGUUUGAGUUAUCAUCAUCCACGCAAUAAUCAUACAUUGUACAUCCACAAAAAUGAGCAGGGAAAAGGAACUUGUACUUUUUGGCGGUGACAAAGGCUGGAAAGCUUCGGAUUGGACGGAUAGUGAUGACCGUGUAAGAGGAGGAGCAUCUCAGUCGUACCUCACCAUUACUGGCUCAUCAGCACGUUUCCAUGGCAAUCUUGACAUCACCGCUCUCGGUGGUGCCGGCUUUGCUAGUCAACGCACUACUGGCGAGGACCGCACCUGGGACUUGUCUGCAUACGACGGCGUCUAUCUCAAUAUUGGGAAACAUGAUGGCAAAAAGUACACGCUGACUCUCAAAGACGAGAUUCUGCCACUCAUGCCAGAUGGACGAGAACAAUCAACCAUCAGCUACGAGUACGACUUUGAAUCGCAAAGCAAACUCGGUCUGUUCGUACCGUGGCAUGCAAUGAAGCCAACGUAUCGCGGCAAAGAGAAGGACGAUGCGAAGCCAUUAGACACGAAGAAUGUCAAGCGAUUCAGCAUCAUGAUGAGAAGUUUCUUUGGCACUCAAGAAGGCGACUUCGAUCUCACCAUCAACUCGAUCAAGGCGGUUGCACAACCAGACGACAUCGAGAAGGGUAUCAUCGGUAGCGAGAAGGGCACGGGAGAGCAAGAGCCAUGGUCUUGGAAGAAUUCUAAUCUCGUUGGGCUGGCAGUUAUCCUGGGUUCGACAUGGGCUAUCUCAUGGGGAUAUUGUUGGUGGAAAGGAUAUGAUAUGGGUAUCAUGAGGUUCGGAAGAUGGUGGUCUGUCGUCAAGAACCCAACACUCUAGACAGGAAACACGCUGUUUGGUGCUUAGAAUGUAGUCUUGGCAAGAUGUCGGUUUGGUGGACGAAGCUACCAUGUCCCCGAUAAGGGCAAUAUAUUUUGUCCGAUGGUCAUCCUUGUACCAAAUCAUGCCACGAGAUGUCUUGGAUGUGAUCUUAUCCCUUUGCAUAUCAUCAUCUGGUCUGCGUAUAAUACGUUAUCUUACGCAACACUCCCAAAGUCUAGAGCAAGUCCGAAUGCACAAUAAAUAGGAAUCUGCGAUUGUAAGAGGGCGGAACGUUACAGCCGAAAGGAUCCGGUGCCUGGCGGCUGUAGGUAAUGCAAGACUCUUGUCCGCCCCGAC